AUGACGUCCGCGCUGCCGUCGUCGUCGUCGUCGUCGUCGUCGUCGUCGUCGCCGCCGUUGCUGCUGCUAGUGUUGUUGUUGCUGGUGUUGCCGUUCUCGCCACUGGUCCCUCGGCCAGGCAAGGCCGAGCGACCGAGUGGCCUCUAUGUGGACAACGGCUUCGAUCAGACGCUCGUGCACCGCGUCGUCGGGCAGCGUGAGCGUCGCGAGGUCGAACACGAGAUCCUGAGCCUGCUGGGGCUGCCGGAGCGGCCACCGCCCCGGCGGCCCCAGGUGCGCCGCUCCGCGCCCAAGUUCCUCCUGGACAUCUACAAGAGCGCGUUAGAGGAGGGCUCGAGCCCGAGGCCCGAGCUCAGCGGCCAGGAUCUCAGGGCCAUCGACCAGAGCGACGUGAUAAUGAGCUUUGCUGCGAGGAAUCAGCACGUGCCGAGCGUCAGGCACGAGCGCGGCAAGAGGCUCUGGUUCGACGUCUCGGAGGCCCCCACGGACGAGCGCGUCGUCGGGGCAGAACUGAGGCUGUACCGGGGCCUCGAGGCGGUGCGCCCGGCGCGCAACCGCGGCUCUUUCACCCUCACGGCCUACAGGGUCCUGAGGCUCGAGGACGGUGAGCGGGAGCUCGAGUACCUGGACGCGGUGAACGCGAGCAGUGGCCGGGAGGGUUGGAUCGCACUCAACGUGAGCGCGGCCCUUGAGCACUGGCUGCGAGACCCCGGUGCGAACCGUGGCCUCUACCUCUCGGUGCACCCGGCCGAGCGGCACGUGCACGAGAUGCGGCCCGAGGAUGUGGGCCUGGUUGGGUUCCGGGGCGCCGCGGACAGGCAGCCAUUCAUGGUCGGCUUCUUCAAGAGCUCGGGCUUGCGCGAGCGGAAGGUACGACAAAAGCGCGAGGCCAAGCGGAAGAAGAAAGCCGAGGUGGCGGCCCUGGACUACAGACCCGGCAAUCCUUACGCCGAUCCCCAAGUCCAGUACAACUCGCGCACCUGUAAGAUACAGACGCUCUACGUGAGCUUCCGCGACCUCCAGUGGCAGGACUGGAUAAUCGCACCCGACGGCUACGACGCUUAUUACUGCAGCGGCGAGUGCAACUUUCCACUCAACGCCCACAUGAACGCGACCAAUCACGCGAUCGUCCAGACGCUCGUGCACCUCGUGAACCCGGGCAAGGUCCCGAAGCCCUGUUGUGCCCCGACGAAGCUCUCGCCCAUCUCCGUCCUGUACUUCCUCGACGAGAGCAACGUCAUACUCAAGAAGUACAAGAACAUGGUGGUCAAGAGCUGCGGCUGUCACUAGGACCUCGGCCGUUCCUACUCCUCCUCCUCCUCCUCCUCCUCCUCCUCCUCCUCUUCCUCCUUCACCUAUUCGCUACCUCAUCCAGCUUCGGCUCCACUCCACUCACCGACCGCCCACUCGUCCACUCGCCACCG